UCUUCCGUGACCGGCCAUUGGUAAUUUGGUUCCCCCCUUCUGGAGAGAGAGAGACAAAAAGAAAGAGGGGAAAGUUAGUGAGAGAGUCGGAGAGCCAUGGCGUCGGCGGCUUCAAGUGCGGCGGUUCCUUUCUGGAGGGCAGCGGGGAUGACGUACAUCACCUACUCCAACAUCUGCGCCUCUCUCGUUCGCGGCUGCCUCAAGGAGCCCUACCGGUCGGAGGCCCUCUCCAGGGAGAAGGUUCAUUUCUCCCUCUCCAAGUGGGUUGGUGGCAAGCCCGAGAAACCAGUUCUUCGUGCUGAUUCAGCUGCGGAUUAACUCGAAUGAGCUUUGAGAUGAAGCUGUCAGUUUGUAUGACGCGGUUAUUGUUCUGCAUUUCUUCCUGUUAGAAAGCAGGAAUAUUCUGGACGUCGUCCAUUUCCUACUCAAAUAAAAUACGUUGACAUUUUGUUUGGGGUUUA